AUGAAACUUGAAGUAUUCUGUGGAAACCAUCACAACGAGGUGAAAUCUUUGCAGGAGCUGUGCAGCGAUGCCGAGGGCAGCGUCCGCUCGCCUCUCUCCGGUGAGGAGGAGUUGGGUUCGGAUGGGGACUGCAUGGCGCACAGCCCGCCACCUGUCACACCGGGCGCAGAUGGCAAAGGCAAACCGUACAUGCGGAGACCAAAACCUCCAUACUCUUAUAUCGCACUGAUUGCUAUGGCUAUCCGUGACUCAACAUCGGGUCGCCUGACUCUGGCAGAGAUCAAUGACUAUCUGAUGAAAAUGUUUCCCUUUUUCCGGGGCAGCUACACUGGUUGGAGGAAUUCGGUGCGCCACAACUUGUCACUGAACGACUGUUUUCUAAAGGUCCUCCGGGACCCGUCCAGACCCUGGGGAAAAGACAACUACUGGAUGCUGAAUCCUCAUAGCGAGUACACCUUCGCUGACGGAGUGUUCCGACGCAGGAGAAAGCGCAUCAAUAAAAAGACAGGCAAAGAGCAAGACGUCUCUGGCCAUGCUGCCGACGAGGACGCGCAAGUCACUAUAACAUCCACACCACCAGCCACUAAAACCGGACCCAGUAGUGCCAAGUUCUCCAGUUCCUUCGCUAUAGACAGUAUCCUCAGCAAACCGUUCAAGAGACAGGAUUGGGCAGAGGAUUCGCCUACCGUUGCUGCAUUACCGUGGCCCGGUUACACUCAGAUGAUGCCACACAUUAUGAGAGGAACACCUGUCGCCUUGCCACAUCACGCCCAGUCGAUGUUCAAUGUGGACUCAUACGCAGCGCAUGUGCUGAGGGCAUACGGUGGUGGACUUUACUCAGAGAUGGACAAUUGGAAAGACAGUUACGGCGCAGAAUAUUAUUCAAAGGCAUAA